AUGUCUUACCGCAUCGAAGUAUCUCCCAACAACCGUGCCGGUUGCAAAGACACAGUCUGCAAGAACAGCGGUACCAAGAUCACCAAGGGUGAGAUCCGCUUCGGUGCCUGGGUCACUUUCCAGGAGCAUGGAAGCUGGCACUGGCGACACUGGGGCUGCGUCUCGGGCGCUUCCAUUGCCAAUCUCCAGCAGAACAUUGAGCGCAAUGGCGAGUACGACUGGGACAUGAUUGACGGCUGGGAGGAGUUGGAGGAUCACCCUGAGGUCCAGGAGAAGAUCAAGCGCGUUAUCAACCAGGGACAUAUUGAUCCCGAGGACUUCAAAGGCGAUCCUGAGUUCAACAAGCCUGGUCAGAAGGCUAUUCGAGGCCGACCAAAGAAGGCCAAGGCCAAGGCUGACGAUGAAGAUGAGGCCGAAGACGCCCCACCCAGCUCUGCCCCGAAGCCGGCCAAGCGUGGUCGCAAGAAGGCCGAUGCUGGCGAUGACGAUGAGGAGGCCCAGCCGAAGAAGAAGUCUAGAAAGUCUGCCGGCAAGGCCGAUGACGAUGAAGAGGAGAAGCCUGCCAAGAAGGCAAGGGCCAAGAAGUCUGCCAAGAAGGCCGCCGUCAAGGACGAAUCUGACGACGAGAGCGAAGAGGAGAAGCCUGCUCCAGUCAAGAAGGUCCGAGGCCGAAAGGCUGCUGCGAAGAAGGAGCCGACUCCCGAAGAAGACGAUGAGGAGAUGGCCGAGGAGGAGGAAGAGGAAGAGAAGCCUGCACCCAAGACCAAGGCUAGGGCCGGCCGCAAAUCGAAGGCGACUGCUGCUGCUGCUGACGAAGAACCCGCCCCGGCAAAGCCCAAGCGCGGCCGUCCCAAGAAGGCUUAA